UUUCCACGAUGUACGAAAGCGGCGGCAAUGCGGACAGCUCCUCGACAGAGCCGAUGCGGAUUGCCAUGUGCUGCGACUUCUUCUACCCUCGCCUUGGUGGUGUGGAGAUGCACAUCUGGAGUUUGUCGCAGUGUCUCCUCCGCCGAGGCCACAAAGUGAUUGUGAUCACGCAUCAGACGGACGGCCCCGACAAGCGCCAAGGUAUUCGGUACAUGACGAACAAUUUGAAAGUGUACUACCUUCCGCUGGUGCCCAUGGUCGACAACGUGACGUUGCCGACGUUCACGGCGGGGUUUGGUCUCUUUCGCACUGUGUUGAUACGCGAACGCAUCCAGAUCGUGCACGGCCAUCAGGCCACGUCCGCCUUCAUGCACGAAUGCAUCUUGCAAGCCAAGACGAUGGGGUACAAGGCGAUCUACACCGACCAUUCGCUCUUUGGGUUUGCCGACGCAGCGUCCAUACACCUCAACAAGGUGAUGAAGUUUACGCUGUCCGACAUCGACCACGCCAUAUGCGUGUCCCACACGUGCAAAGAAAAUCUCGUGCUUCGCGCGUCGUUGGACCCGUCCAUCGUGUCGACGAUCCCAAACGCCGUCGAUGCCUCCAAGUUCACACCAUCCACGACGUCCGCCACGACGCCGUCACCGCCGCUCGACCCCCUUCGCGAUCCCAUCACUGUCGUCAUUAUCUCGCGACUCGUGUACCGCAAAGGUAUCGACCUUGUUGGCAAGACGAUUGAGCUAGUGUGCGCCCGGUGUCCCAACGUCAAAUUUCUCAUUGGCGGCGAUGGCAACAAGCGCCUCCUCCUCGAGGAAAUGCGGGAAAAGUGCCAGCUCCAUGACCGCGUGACGCUGUGGGGCGCCGUUCCGCACGAGCAGGUCCGACACGUGCUCAAUCAAGGCCACAUAUUCCUCAACUCGUCCUUGACCGAGUCGUUUUGCAUUGCGAUUCUCGAAGCGGCGGCGUGCGGGCUCUUUGUCGUGAGUACACGUGUCGGUGGCGUGCCCGAGGUCCUCCCGCCCGACAUGAUUCGAUUCUCCAAAGACAUUACGCCCGAGGACUUGGCCGACGCCGUCGUCGAGUCGAUUCCGCUCCUCGCCAAGGUUGACAAGCAAAAUUUUCACAACCGGGUCGAAAAAAUGUACAAUUGGUACGACGUCGCCGAGCGGACCGAGCGCGUGUACCGCAACGUGGUUCAGCUCCCGACGCCUCCGCUCAUCCAUAGGUUUCGAAAGUACUACGGGAUGGGACCCGUCGCCGGCAUCCUCGGAUGUACCAUCGCCGCGUGUUUGUUUUUGUAUUUGCAAUAUCUCGAGUGGCUCAAGCCGUCGACCGACAUUGAAGUCGCGCUCGACAUUCCGUCAACCGACUGGACCGACCGAGAACGCCGCCACCAUCCCAAGACGUCGACACUCCACGAGACCAAGCACGCCGUUGUCGAGACUUCCCAACGGUAG